UUGUGCUUUUUUUAAUUCAAAAAAAAAAAAAAAACUCUCUGUCUUCUCCCAAAGACGAAACCUAACACACGAAACCCGUUCAGUGUCUUUCACAAUAACAGACCAAAUUUUGAUGAUGUUUUCGCCAACCCAUUCUCGUGAUUAACCAGAAAAAAAAAAUCAAUGGGUGUUGGUGGUAAUUUCUGGGACUUGUUGAAGCCCUAUGCACGCAAUGAAGGUUUUGAUUUCUUGAGAAACAAGCGAGUUGCUGUCGACCUUUCUUUAUGGAUUGUUCAGCAUGAAAAUGCUAUCAAAACCCAUGUCAGAAAACCUCACCUCAGACUCCUUUUCUUCCGUACAAUCAAUCUCUUCUCCAAGUUUGGAGCGUUUCCUGUGUUUGUUGUUGAUGGGACUCCAUCGCCGUUGAAAUCAAAGGCAAGGAUUGCUAGAUUUUUCCGGUCUUCUGGAAUUGAAUCGACUAGCUUGCCGGUGCCUGAAGAAGGUGUUUCAGCUGAAAGGAACAGUUCGUUUUCACGCCGUGUUCAAGAGUGUGUGGAACUUGCUGAGCUACUUGGGAUUCCUGUACUCAAAGCUAAAGGAGAAGCUGAAGCACUCUGUGCCCAAUUAAAUAGUGAAGGUCAUAUAGACGCAUGCAUCACAUCUGACAGUGAUGCAUUCCUCUUUGGGGCCAACUGCAUUAUAAAAUGUUUCUCUCCUAAUUCCAAAGAACCGUUCGAAUGCUACAGUAUGUCAGAUAUUGAAGCUGGGCUUGGAUUGAAGAGAAAACACCUAAUAGCUAUCUCUCUUUUGGUUGGAAAUGAUUACGAUUUGAAUGGUGUUCAAGGGAUUGGACUUGAUAGUGCUCUUCGUUUUGUUCAAGCUUUUAGUGAAGAUGAUGUAUUGAAUAGAUUACAUGAGAUAGGCAAAGGGAAUGCUUUUCAAGUUCCUAUCGACAUUAAAUCUGAGGACAAUAUGGAUAUGGAUGGAAACUCCCCAAAUACUAAACAAACUCACUGCUCAUUCUGUGGGCAUCCAGGGAACAAAAGAGAUCAUAUGAUGAAGUUUUCAUGUGAAUUUUGUGUCACAAAUGACAAUAAAGGUUGCCUGCAAAAACCGGAGGGUUUUAAAUGCGAUUGCUUGUCUUGUGGUAUGAAUAGGAAACAUAAGGAGCAGAAAAAGAAUGAAAACUGGCACACAAAAAUUUGUCACAAGAUUGCGAAGGAGCCAAAUUUUCCAAAGGAUCAAAUCAUUGAUAUGUAUUUAUGCAAUGACAAUGGUUACUUUUCUGCAAAUGGUGGCCCUCAUUUUUUGUGGAAAAGACCAAACAUUGAGCUGUUGGUUGAGUUUUUAAACUUCCAUCAGAACUGGGAUCCUUCGUAUGUUCGACGGAUAAUGUUUCCUAUGAUGUCCACCAUCUUCUUGAGAGAAACGGCUACAUCGACAGCAGAUAGUUUGUUAUUCGGCCAGUUUGAGUUUGAUUCUUUACAACGUGUGAAGACGAGAUACGGAUAUCAGUUUUAUGUUGUCAAGUGGAAACGUGUGAUGGUCAACAUUGCCCCUAAAACUUCAUCGACUAAAUCUGUAAUGCAACCAGAUGUAAUGCAACCAGAUGUCAGAGAGCUCGAUGAAACGGUGGAUCUACUAAAUGAUUGUGAUUUUCCCGAGAUUUAUGAAGAAGAUGGAUGUAGUUUUCUGUUGACAGAUGAAAAUAUGGACCUUGUAGCAGCUGCUUUUCCAGAAGAAGUGCAAAGGUUUUGGCAGGAGCAGGAAGUGAAGGAUGGGAAUCGACAGAAGAAUUCAAUCUCAAUAUCUCAAGAAAAUGAAAGAUCCUCAGUAUCACCAAAUUCAAGAGGUGUACAGCUAAAUAUAACUGAGUUCUUCCCAACAACCAAAAGUAAACAUAAUCCAAUACAUGAAGAAGAGUCAUCAUCCAAGAAUGUUGAUAGCCCAGGCAGUGGAGGCUCAAAAGUGAAGAGGAAAGCAUCAAGUUCUAAUAUUUCGAAAUCUGUGAGGCGUCGCCUUUUGUUUGAUUAGUGUGGAUAUGCCUUGUGUAUAUAUGCUUUGAGCAUUGGAUUUCUUAUCAUGUUAACUGAAUGUUGAAACAAUGACAACAGACCCUUUUAUAUUCAUGACCAAGGGCAAUUCAGUAUAUAUGUGUAGUUAAGAAUUAGUCCCUUUUUUGUUAUCCAUUUUACCCUUAAGUACAUUGAUACCACAAUGAGAUAAUUCAUGUUUCUUCUAGUGUAACAAGUGAUUCUCGUUUCAUAUUCA